AUGUCCAAUUUUGAUCCACCGCGCCCGUCCAACGCCCAGGACGAAACCCGCAGCCAACCUUCGCAGUCUGACCGGUCGCCGUCGUUUGCAUCGUCUGCGCUUCCUGCACGAGAUGCCGCCGGCACCCAGCAGGAUGCCCAGGGACAGCAACCUGGGCACAAGCGAGUGUACCAGGCUUGCAUCCCAUGCCGCCGCCGAAAGGUUCGUUGCGAUCUAGGCUCGGUCGACAAUCCUCAUGAUCCGCCCUGUGUUCGCUGCCGGCGCGAGAGCAAAGAAUGCUUUUUCAGUGCUACUCGCCGGAAGCGCAAGACCGACGACGACACGGGGAUUGACAGCGAUGACUAUAUCGUGCGAAAUGGCCGUCGAAAGCUCCAUGUAGACGAAACAGGAACCUCCCGCCUUGACGGCGGCGCGUAUGACGAUGCACCUCUGGGUGCCGGCCUUGCCAACGUCCGCUCCCAUCCCCUCCGGCGUCCCCAGCCUGACGAUCCGUCCACACGCAACGGCAACACCGGGUCACGCAAGGCGGACAACAUGGCGGCCGCCGAUGAGCCCAACACGCCGCUCGAGAACUUUGAGGCACAAACCGUCAUGCGCCGCGAGGUAUACGGCCCUCACGAUGCUUUGGACUUGCUCUACAAGGCAGCCACGGACAGUCCCCAUACGAAACAGGACGAUCCCAGCAAUGGUACGCCCGCAGGACCUUCACAGAACAAGUAUACCCUGCAAUCAGGGCAGGGCUCUCUGAGUUCUGAGUACUUUACUACACCCGCCACUGCCUACGGCCCCAACCGGCCUGGCCGCGCCGCAUCACACAACGAACAGGUUGUCGACCCCGAGCUAGGGCGGCCUGACCCGUCAACCCUCCCCGGCUAUGCAGACGCCCUCAAACUAUGGGCAAGGUUUCGGUUUGUCCGCGCUGGGUGGUUUACCGCCCAGGAAGCAAUCGAAUAUAUUAAUUACUACUACACAUAUCUUUCACCGUUGACACCCAUCUCACCUCCGACAUUCAGCAAUCCAGCCACCCACGUCACACUGUUGACGGAAGAGCCAAUUCUAGCAGUCACUCUUUUGACAAUUUCAUCUCGGUACAAGUCGCUUGUAGGUGCCGGCGCGAGCUGCCGGUCACACGCCGUACACGAGCAACUGUGGACAUACUUGAGAGGUAUGAUCGAGCGAGUCGUAUGGGGCCAAGAAGCAUUUGGUGGCGGUUUCUGUGGUUCAGGUGCGGAUGAUUCGCAGACGUCCAGCACCGCGCCAUGGCGCGGUUUGCGCAAGGGUAGUCUCCGCACCCUGGGGACUAUCGAGUCGCUCAUGAUCCUUACCGAGUGGCACCCGCGCGCCUUGCACUUCCCUCCUGCGGAUGUCACUGACGAGCUAUUGCUCUCCGCAAAUGCACGGGACAACGUCGUUGGCGACGAUGGUGACACUCGUCUUGCCGGCGGCGUUCGUGGCAAGCGGAUCGACAGUUGGCUGGAGCCUGCCUGGCGGAGUGACCGUAUGUGCUGGAUGCUCCUGAGCACCGCAAUGGGUCUAGCCUAUGAACUAGGCGUGUUCGAUGACAUUGAUGAACUGCUCACUUCCGGUGGCAUCACGCGUCCGGAAUACGAAGAAGAAACAUACCGCCUCCGCGCCUACCGCAUCAAGCGCCUGCUCCUGAUCUACCUCUCCCAGCUGGCUGGUCGCCUUGGCUGGACAAACAUGGUCCCGGAAAGCCUGCGGAAAAAAGAUCCGGUCGCCUCUCGGAAACGCCCAAACUCCUCCUUUGAAGGUCAGACACCUAGAACCAGCCUCUCGUCCGUGUCCAAUGCGUUUAACUAUAUCCCCGAUUUAGAGCUCGACGACCAAAUCAUCCACUGCUGGGCAGGAAUUAGCAACGUUAUGCACACCGGCAACGAGAAACUAUUUUCCUCUCGGCAGCAUACGGCAGAGAUUAUCCAAAGCGGGAAAUACACUGAGUUACUCAAAGACUUCCAGCCCUUGCUUCGAGACUGGUGGAAAGAAUUUGAGCGUUUCAAACUACCAACCUUCAUUCGGCACAUCCUCAGCAUCGAGUACGAAUACGUUCGCAUCUACAUUAAUUCCCUCUCCCUCCAGGCCGUUGUGGAGCGCUGUACGACAAACGCAGGCAACAGUGCGGGAGGAGGUAGUGCCACUGGGGAUGCACCACCACAGCUGUCUCCCCAAACACAGAGUUACUACGGAAAGCUUCCUCUUGGCCGACUUGGUGGUGUCACGGCUGUGGACCAGGCGUACGUAAAAGAAGUAGUCGACGGGUGCCGAAACUUGCUUCGAACCGUCGUUGAUGGACUCCUCCCGGGAGGAUAUCUCAAGCAUGCCCCAGUACGGACAUAUUUCCGCAUCAUCAGUGGGGCUAUGUUUCUGCUGAAAACAUUCGCACUUGGUGCUCCCAAGGCUGAUGUUGAGAUUUCCAUAACUCUCAUGGAUCGAACUGUGGAUGCCCUCCGCAACUGUGUAGUCGAUGACGUGCACUUGGGGACCCGGUUUGCCGAUCUCCUGGAGUCCCUUACAAGUCGGCUCCGCAAUCGUUUCAUACAUGCACCAUCUCUGCCUGCUUCUGCAAACGCUCCUCAGUCAGCCAGUGGCGGGAGCCCUAACCCAACUGCUGAGGCGGCUUUUGGUGUAAGUGGACAUGCACGAGGCCUCGCUGGGCCUGGACAAGGUUUGACGUCGUCCGCUUCUCUGCCGGCAAAUGGCGAUCAGAAUUGGUCUAAGACGGGAGUAUCAAGUCUUGAGCGUUCCGGUACACCCGCCAAUAUUUCUGCGACACCAUUUGAUUCUACGGCGGGUAGUUUUCCCUAUCCCUCGGGCACAGCAUCUGUGCUUAACCCAUCCACCCCGGCCGCCAUUGUCGGCAUGGACAAUCCACUCGGCGAUGCUAUUUACUCCGACGCCACAGAUUGGACCAACAAUGAAAUGUGGUAUCUUCCUGCAGGGCCAGCCUUUUUCCAGAACAUGGGUGACUCUAAUGUCGCCAUGACAGCAGAGGGUGUCAGUGUCGCGGGCAUGGAUCUUCUCGAUUUCAUGGCCAUGGAUCCUAACGGGUUCUGA